CGCCCUCCUGCUGUUCCAGUUUGGUGGAAAGCAAAGCUGAGCUCUCGAGAGGAUAUAAAAUACCGGCGUCAAGCUUCUGUGACAAACUGGGGAAAAACUAUCAAGAAAGUAUAUAUUGUACCUUGACCGUCACGAAAAAGUAUAGAUUCCGGCGAAUUGUGUGAUGAAGUGAAGACUGGAAGUCGCGUGAGCUCGUAAUAAUGAGUACUUUACCAGCAAUACCAAGACAGAAUGUGGGGCUUUUCCCUUCUAUAAAUGCACCAUCCUCUUUCACGUCACAACCAAAAAAGAAAUAUAGGGUUUUCAUUAAGGGCAAAGAUUCUAUCAGAAUACCAUCUUGGCAAGAAAAGCUUUCAAAAUUUUCCAAAUCAGAGAUCGCAGCUUACAGGAAUUCUCACAAACACAACAUCUGCAUAGACAUGCUGAGCGACGGUUAUCACAAGUCCUUCUCUGAGCUCUUUACUCUGAUCCAGAAGUGGAACGCCUCAAGGGAGGCUGCAGGGCCUGGGUCAGCCAUAUGGCAUCAGAAAUCCCUCGAGGAGCAGCCUGAUAAGCUGGAUCAGCUUCAGCACUUCCUGACCAGGGCUGAGGAGGCCCAGAGAGCAGGCCAGUUGGAAGAAAGGUAUAAGAAUCAGCUGUCACUGGCACUUUACUUCAAAUCAGCAGAGGAUAAGUGGCUUUCUGAUCAUUUUUUUGAAUCUUGUCUCAGCACUGCUAAGCUAAUCAUGGUAGAUGGUGGGAAAAGAGAAGCUGAGGCACAUUCAAACAUGGGCCGGGUCCGUUCUGAGCAUGGUCAGCUGGAGAAAGCUGCCGAACAUUAUGAAGCAUUUCAUCAUCUAACACUUGGAAGAGCUUGGAAGGAUGAAACAGGGAGAAGUUACAAGUCACAAGCCUGUGAGAGUCUAUGGAGAAUUUACACAUUACUGGCAGACAAAAUGCUUGAAAAUAAGGAACACGAGCAAGCUAUCAAAACUCUAAUAAAAGCCUUUGAAAUGGCUCGAGAAACAGGUGACAAGAAAAUUGAAGGGGAGGCUGCCUACCGUGUAGGUGCAGCCUACAACAGCUCGGGAGAUCCAGAAACGGCAAUCACGUACCUUGAAAUGAGUAUGCAGAUCUUCACAGAACUGGGAGACAAGGAUGGAAUUGGAAAAACCUGUCAAGCUCUGGCUAAAGCUUAUGAGAGUCAAGGAAAUAUUGAAGAGACUAUGAAGUACCUUGAACAAUUCGUAGCCGUAGCAGAGAGCAGCGAGCACAGUGAAAGUCUGCUAGAAGCCUGCAUGUCCCUCGGUGAAAUAUCCAACGUGAGGGGGCAGUACGAAAGAGGCUUUGAGUAUUUUGAGAAGGCUUAUGAUAUUUCAAAGAAGUUAAAGGAUUUGAAGCAGCUGCAGAAGGCACAGGUCUACAUUGGCAUCUCGAAAGCUCACAUCAUGAUGACGACAUUCAGCAGUCACAUCAAAGCUGGCGGACGUGUCAACACUGAGAGCCUCCUGGCAUGGAAAGAUAACUGAGGUGACCCGAAAAAGUCCAGUGAGCGAAGCGUAGAGUGCAAGUCACUGGUCAAGAAACAUAUUAUUCUUAAUGGUAGAGCCUUGUCAUCCUUUUUUUGGAUUUUCUCACUUAUUAUCAAGGUGCCUAAUCAGACUCUUUGUAUAUAAUAUCCUUGUGUUAAAAAAAAAAGAAUCAUAUUAAAGUAUAGGGCAUAUCAGAAAUCUGGACAGAAUUUAAACCUUCCAUCCAUUUUCCAACCUGUGUAAUCCAAUUCAAGGCUGCAGGGAAAUCAAUCCAUCAAAUCUAAUUGUGCAUAUAAUUAGUUUGUGAGGGACAAAAUAAGGGGAAUGCCGGAAAAUAACUUAAUAUCAAGGACCUUAUAAGGAGUAGGGCCACCUUACAUCAACUCCACUCCUUCAUACCAGACCUGAACUAUAUACAGUAUAAUGGAAAACUGCACUGUUGUUCGAGAAGAAAAAAACUCCAGUUCAUCUUCUUGUACUGCGACCCUAAAAGACAUUUCAGUUCAUCCUAGCGUUCACGUGUGUAUGAAGACAAUAUCAUUCUGGAAUAGGAGACCAUCAAAAAGGGGAUAAUGUUUGAGCCAAAGGUUGAUUUGCUUGCUCUCAAAAUGGCAAAAAGGGUGUUGAGGCCUCUAAAAGACCCAUAAACAAAGCAUAGAAUAGGCCUCACCCUAGACAGUAUGAUCCCGGAAUUAGGCUGUCCAGGCCCAAGAAAAAUGUCCAAAAGGCUUUUAAAGGUCAAAAAUAUGUUAAGUACAGUAUAUCAAAAUGAACCACAACGUGUUAGGAAUUUAUAUUUUACAAAAUGUGUGUGUCUUCGUUUUGUAUAAACCGGGUGUUCUUACACUUGUUUUGGACUUUCUGCUAGCGCAGGAGAUUACAAUCAUUUUUUUUAAUUAAGCUUAUGUUAAUUACAGUAAUAUUUUGGGGUCAUUAUUCACCAUUAUUUUUGUUUUAUACAGGCAUCACCUCUUAUAGAUUUUGGAUUUUAUUUCAUUCCAGUGGCUAUCUUGUGUGUUUUUGGGAAUGCUGCAAUUUUACUCCCAUUGCCUGGCUAGCUUUUCCCAUCGUUCAGGGACCCGUCUCCCACAAUCGUUACCUGCGGAUGAUUGCAGCGACAGGUUUAAAAAGUUGUACAUUUCACCAUAUCCUUAUUGUAGCUGUGGACAGUGCCAGUGCUAGGUUAUUCUGCGUCCUAGUCCAAGCUUAUUAGUCCGGUACCUAACUCCUGUGGCUGGGUUUUUCCCCUCCUUAUGAUCUGCGCCCUACCUGAAUGCCUACUUCACCUUAAUGGUGGCACCAGCACCCUGGCUGUGGAUAAAAUACCUUUGUUAUACCUUCCUUGCAGUUUUGAAUUGACCUUUUUCAAUUCAUGACUUGCACUUCAAUCUUUUGACCUCGAUUUCUCUUUUCAGAGCUUUCGAUACGUUGUUACGGUUCUGUUUCACAUUUCUCUCUCGGUUUCCCCUUUACAUCUUUUGUCAUUCAUUGACAUUACACCACCAUUUUGCAUCUCCUGUCGUUAGGACAAGCAACUCUUGUGGUUAGGGGUGUGUCCUCAGAGGUUGUGACCCCCAGGUAACAAUAUAACGGGUUAAACGUUUGUUUUUCAGAGCACUUUUUUCAUUCAGAUUUGUGGAUACGAAAUCCUUCUUCCAAUAUCAGAACUCUUGUUACUUUGGCGUGUGCUUAGUGUCUGAGCACGAUUUUUGUCUCUCAUUUUGGAUUUCAUGACCGUUUUGAUUGAUCUCCUGGUUUCAACUUCUGUUUCUGCUUUUGACUGAAGUCUUUUUUCAUGCUUACCAUCAUGAAAUAACUCAUUUCUAGCGUGCUUAGCAAAACGCAAGGGAGAGGAACAAUAAAAAACCUCUGGCUUGAGAGACUUCAUCGUUUCUCUGUGCUAGGAUUGCCCUUGUACUCAUUUCUUCUGUUGAUAACCCUUUGUGAUGAAAUUCUUCAGUAAGAUUUGGACAUAAUACAUCUUCUUUAAUUUGGAACUUAAAGUGAGGAAAAUGUUAAAAUUUAUAACAGCUGAGAGAGCAAGAUCUGUGUCUGUCAAAAACAUUCACACGAAUGAGAGGUGAGAGGGCCGUGUGUGUGGUUGAAUAUGGUCGAGAGGAGGGCGGGACUUGAAAAUGUCUCAUGGCCAAAGUCUCAUCUUGCGAGACCUAUAAAAAUCUUCCAAAAAGUCUCGUCUCGUCACUGGAUUUUUUUAUAUAAUAGAGAGAUAUUCUUUCCUAUAAAUUUUGAUUUCUGAUAUGCCCAAAAGUGUUAAGCAUAAAAGAAUGCUCAUAAGACAUUGUAAUAUUGGAAUGAUUUUCUUUACAGUCUUUAUUUUACAAAUAAAAAAAUUAUAUCAAGUGAAUUUACAGAUGUUUUUGCUAUUAAAUAAUUUUAUACUUGAAUGACAUGAUCCGUUCUUAUUAAUGUAAUACUGUAGUUAAAAAAUAAGUUUUUAGUUUUUUCCCCCCAGUACAGCAUGAAACACUUUGUGCUACGAAUCAAAAGUUUGGACACAUCCAGAAAUGUUCAUGGUAGAAAUCUCAAGAUGAGGAUUAAUGCUUGGUAACACUUUUGUCUUGAAAAAUGGAUGUUUUCGGUAAGUUGUAAUGUUUCUGUUUUCACGUUGGGACCCCAGUACCUUUCACCUCGAUUGUCAAAGUCAAGAGCAGGCUGGGUCAUUUUUAAAAUGUAUAACAAAAUACUUCACUUUAGAAAACCGUUUCAUGUGGGAAAUUAAUACAGUAUACUAACGUACGUACCAAUACCAUGAAUGUGAAGAAAUAAA